UUACGUGCUUAGAAACAAGGGCUGUGUUCGAAAUGGCAUACUUGCUUACUGCUUACUGCCCAGUACACAGUAGUACUGCCUACUAUUUUUUAAAGAAUAGUGUGUAAAACAGUAUACAAUAAGCAACAAAUGUUUCAGAGGAGUAUACUUAAUUGCCACAUGACAAACACUGAAUAUUAAUUCAGCUCAGCUGUCAAGGUUGUUACCUUAGAAACAAAUGUGCUAACCAUUCUUUUUACAAAGGCUUGUUAAUAAGGCUUCAUAUUAGUAAACAAUGCUAUAUUGCCCAAUUGAACUAAUUUCAUAAUUGAAUAACUUUAUAUAGGCUAUUUUUCAGAACUGAAUCAACAAUGAUGUUUUUGGCAGUUGCACUAAUUGGAAAAAGUGCAAAUAAUAAAAAAUUAUGUUUACACUAAAAUAGCAGCAUUUUCUUUAGCAAAAGGUGUGUAGUUAGGUGGCAGAUAUUUAUACUUCAGUACUGUAGUACAUUAUAAAACCGUAUGCAAUAACAUAUUGAGUGUAAAUUAUCAUAUUUUAUUUGAUGAAAGCCACUUUAUUGGGACAAAAACCUACCUACAGCUUAGCACACUGUAUUCCCCGCUGGGUGGAAGUCAUGGGUACCAAGACCUAAUGGUUAGAGAGUCGGACUCAUAACCCAAAGGUUGCGAGUUUGAGUCUCGGGCCGGCAGGAAUCAAUACCACGACUGAGGUGCCCUUGAGCAAGGCACCGAACCCCCAACUAUUCCCUGGGCGCCGCAGCAUAAAUGGCUGCCCACUGUUCCGGGUGUGUGUUCACGGUGUGUGGAUUCCGAGUAUGGGUCACCAUACUUGGCCGUAUAGCACGUCACGUCAUUAUUAAUGAGGCGUUUAAUUUCCACUUUUCAAAUAUUUACUUAAAUUUUUAUUGAUAAUAAAUGCCUUUCUGAUCUGGUGUGAUGGGAAAAGGAGUUUGACAAAAAGAUCGAACUCGGAUCAGCAGCAUACAUCUCACGUCUUUUACUCACUGCGCCACUGAUUCUACAGAAAUACACGUGUUUUGCAGUGCUGUUUUUCGCAGGCAGGCAUUGGUGGCCGGAGUUCGUGUAAAUAGCCUCUGCUGACAAAUUGUCCUUAGACUAAAAUACCUUUUUAGAGCGUCUUGACAGCAGAAUUUAAUUCUGUUUGCAUAACUGAAAUAAUAAUUUUAUUUAUAUAUUAUACAGGUUUCCCAUGGGUCAUGGAAUUUCUGGAAUAUCAUGGAAUUUUAAAAGGUUUAUUCCAGACAUUGAAAGUCAGGAAUUUUUUUUUUUUUUUUUUGUCCAAGUCAUGGAAUAUCAGGGAUUUUUGUUUGUCAACUCCAUUCAGCAGGCUACUUGCGCACUGUGUUUUGUGUAAACAGCGUGUACAGCCAGCCGCGACAAUGAUACGCGCGAGCCCUGAAUUGAGUUUCUCUCUGCAUCUAUCUUGCGCCUGAAUGGGCAAAUGCAUACAAAAGUAUAAAAAUACCCGUCUUGGCAAGUAACUUUGUAGACUGCGGUCAAGCCAGCUGCAGUUCAGAAAAACACGGUCAAGCCAGCCGCGAUUGAAAUUAUGGUGCGUGCGUAUUACUAUGAUUACGGUAAUUGCAGGACCAACACAGAGGGAAUGCGCUUUCCGAGCGCUUUUCAUUCUAGAUGCCCAGAACUGAGAUAUAAUGACAUUUUUCGUUUUUUUUUUUGUUUUUUUUGUACAUCAGCUUUAAUAUUCGUGUUAUUUAUUGGUGUCUUUUGACGUUUAUGUAUUAGGCCUACUAUAUUUUUCUACCUUUCAAAUCAUUGCAAGAUUCGUAGAAAAGGAGCUAUGGGACAUUAAUCAAUUUAGAGGGGUAUUAAGACCCCGUUUCUAAUAAGUAGAAGAAAUGAAUGGUCAGUUCUUAUACGGGACAUCCCAUACUAAAUGCACACCUCAUAUGAAACCAUUUAACGGCAGCGUUUUUGAUAUACAGGUGCAUCUCAAUAAAUUAGAAUGUCGUGGAAAAGUUAAUUUAUUUCAGUAAUUCAACUCAAAUUGUGAAACUCGUGUAUUAAAUAAAUUCAGUGCACACAGACUGAAGUAGUUUAAGUCUUUGGUUCUUUUAAUUAUGAUGAUUUUGGCUCACAUUUAACAAAAACCCACCAAUUCAAUCUCAACAAAUUAGAAUACUUCAUAAGACCAAUAAUAAAAACAUUUAUUGUGAAUUGUAUGCCUUCUGGAAAGAUUGUUCAUUUACUGUAUGUGUACUCAAUACUUGGUAGGGGCUCCUUUUGCUUUAAUUACUGCCUCAAUUCGGCGUGGCAUGGAGGUGAUCAGUUUGUGGCACUGCUGAGGUGGUAUGGAAGCUCAGGUUUCUUUGACAGUGGCCUUCAGCUCAUCUGCAUUUUUUUGGUCUCUUGUUUCUCAUUUUCCUCUUGACAAUAGGAAAGGUCUGGUGAGUUUGCUGGCCAGUCAAGCACACCAAUACCAUGGUCAUUUAACCAACUUUUGGUGCUUUUGGCAGUGUGGGCAGGUGCCAAAUCCUGCUGGAAAAUGAAAUCAGCAUCUUCAAAAAGCUGGUCAGCAGAAGGAACCAUGAAGUGCUCCAAAAUUUCUUGGUAAACGGGUGCAGUGACUUUGGUUUUCAAAAAACACAAUGGACCAACACCAGCAGAUGACAUUGCACCCCAAAUCAUCACAGACUGUGGAAACUUAACACUGGACUUCAAGCAACUUGGGCUAUGAGCUUCUCCACCCUUCCUCCAGACUCUAGGACCUUGGUUUCCAAAUGAAAUACAAAACUUGCUCUCAUCUGAAAAGAGGACUUUGGACCACUGGGCAACAGUCCAGUUCUUCUUUUCCUUAGCCCAGACCUGAUGGAAGAGAGUGAGGAGAGUGAAGAACUGAGUGAAGUGGAGGAGAAACAUCAUAUCAAACCUGAAGAAAAACCCUUGAGUCCCUCAAAGACUAAAAAUACAUUUUUCAAGAAAAGAAGAGCCAAUCAAUCUAUCACCUGCACUCAGUGUGGGAAGAGUUUCACAAACAAACAUAGUCUUGAGUUUCACAUGAGAGUUCACACCGGCGAGAAACUGUUCACAUGUGAUCAGUGCGGGAAGAGCUUCAUGCGAUCAGCACACCUUAAGCGUCACAUGAAUGUUCACACUGGAGAAAAGCCACACAUGUGUGAUCAGUGCGGGAGGCGUUUCACAUACAAAAAUCAUCUUAAUGAUCACAUGAGGAUCCACACCGGAGAGAAGCCGUUCAAGUGUGAUCAGUGCGGCAAAACAUUUCUUCGUUCAUCAGACCUAAAGACACACCUGAUAGUUCAUACGAAUGAGAAGCCACAUUUCUGUUCUGAAUGUGGAAAGAGUUUUUCACUGCUGCAGAGUUUACAUGUACAUCAAAAAAUUCACACUGGUGUGAGAGAGUACAUGUGCUUUGAGUGUGACAAGACUUUUAUUUCAGCGAACUGUUUAAAACUGCACCAGAGGAUCCACACUGGAGAGAAACCUUACAAGUGUUCACACUGUGAAAAGAGAUUCACUCAGUCAGGAUCUCUGAAAACACAUGAGAUGAUUCACACUGGAGAGAAACCUCACAAGUGUUCACACUGUGACAAGACAUUCAGUCAGUUAGGACAUCUGAAAAGACAUGAGAAGAUCCACAGCAGCAAAAAGCCGCAUAGCAUGUGUGAUCAGUGUGGAAAGAGUUUCGCUUCUAAAAAUCACCUGAAGCUACACACGAGGAUCCAUACAGUGGAGGAGCCACACAGCAAUGUUCACAAGUCUUUAUCGCUGGAGUCAGAGUCAAGUCUGGAGUGAUUUAAUGGCUUGCUAAAAAAAAAUCUCAUUAAAAAUCAUCAUGAAUUGAACUCAUCCUAAUCACAAAGCUCUAGACAAAACAUAUGGUAUUCUAUGAUAUGCUUUGUAAGGUUAAUGUACAUCCAGCCUGUUACUUUGUUUUGCGCAUUGUAAUGGAUUAAAACCUGUUGAUCUGUAAUGCAAUUCUACGAUAAGAGAUCUACCUGAUCUACCAUGGCACAUAAGGAAAUAUGUGACAGAUAUUACAAAACCAUACAAAUGAAGUCUUUCUUUAUGAUACAAGUCAGGGGUAUUCAAUUAAAGUUCCAGGAGGUCCGGUCUCUUCCCUGUGGAGGUCUGGACUAAAAUAAAUUAUUUACGGGCCAUUUUACAGAAUUGAGUUGGAAACGUCUUAAAAAAUGUGUAUGUAUGCAUAUUGUAUAAGUUCCAAGGUACACAUUUCUAGUAAUUAUGCAGUUAAUUAUCAUAUUGUAUUUUCAGAAACUUUUGGAAUAUUUGUCCUCUCCUCAAAUUUGUCACUCACUACUGGAACAGUAAUACUAAUUUAAUUAGAAGGGUUAUAUUUUGCUUGCAUCUACGUUGUAAAUAUAUAUUUUUGUUAUUUUAUUAAACAAAAUCUGAGAUAAAUCAACAAUAAAAAAAAUAAUAUUUCAAGUGCAAUUUAUGAAAUUUGUUGUAUUUUGAAUCCAAUUUUUCUUUGUAAAAGGCAAAAAGUUGAUCAUACUGAUUUCAAAGUUAAGGAUUCAUUGGUUUGAAUAUAUAUUGACUAGUUUGCACCAAUUCUGUAGAAUGGUACAUAUAUGAAGAAAGAAAAUCAUCAGUUGAGCCCUGUUAGAUAUGAAUAUUAAAAGGUGUGUAGCAUCUGGACCAAUCAGACACAAAAUUUAUCAUUUGAUUUAACAAAUCAAUUAGUUAUUAGAUUAACAAAUAAUCACAGAUCCCUCACCCAAUACACAUACUGGGUGCCCCUAUGUCUGUGGAUGCCUCCAGGCCCCCGGUUCCAUGGCAACCAAUCUGAUAACACUAGUUUUAUUGCUCAAAGGAAUGCGGGUAGAGCAACAUUUCCCCUUAGGCAAGACACAUUAUGCCAUAAAAAUGGACUCUUCUCUAAUUAAUUCAUAGAAAAACCUUUCUUUGAAUGAACACACAUAUCUUCAGGUCAUUGUGUAUAUUAUUACUGUUCUUGUAUAUGUUCUUGUGUAUUGUAUCCUGUUUUAUGCAUGCUUAUGAUAGAUCACUUGUUAAUACCACUUUAACUCAUACCAUGUCUGGUCUCGUAUCAAUUCGUCUUCGGAUGAUCUAAUUGAGAGUGUAUAUUAUAUGUUGAUGCCUAAGCAACAUAUAAGUGUUUUAAGAAUCUUUAAUAGUUUGUAUAUCAACUUCCAAUCCAACCCCUUGCAAAUUACCAUGCUCAGAGACAAAGAGUCAUAAAACUUUCCCUCCAAAAAUUCAGGACACCAUUGGCUCUUUGACACCCCAGAGGUGUGACCUCUAUAGCAGAUAAAGCUCUCACAUCAGUGACGCCUCUCAGUCUGUGGAUCUCUUAGAUUCUGAGAAGAUGAGGAUGUGAGCUAGAACUCUUCUGGACCCUUAAGUGUUUGCGCCAGGCCUUGUGGCCUUGACUCACCGUUCAACCAAGGAUCCUUGGAUCUCAGCAGAUCUCUUUCUUAGCUCUUUUUCCCUUUCUACCGGGGAAGAAACUCCCAAUCACCACCGAGCCAGAAUAACAUUUUUUGGAGUUCAUCACCCUUCAAACCCGGUAGAACUUGAAGAACUCCCAACACCGCCAAACCAUCAGAACUUUCAUCCAAGACUGCAUCCAGACACUCAGUCAACGACCAAGCCAAUGCAAGUAUCGUAGAUUUAACUAAACGAAACAGAAGUUUAGUAUAAGUUAUAGACCCCGUUAUAAACAGUGCUGAUGGUUUUAUUCAGGUGGACUCUUUUCAUAGCUUUAUUCUCGGGUUUCCUGAUGGUUUCAUCCAUCAACUCUCAUUUGCCCUUUCCCCAUGUAUGAGUGAUUGUAUGUUUGUUUGUUACACUAGUUUGUGUUAGUGUUUAGUUAAUAAAACUCUU